AUGAAUAAUGAUACUUUACAGGGAUUUAGGGAGGCAUUCGCCAAUGCAAAGCAUAUCAUUGUUAUUGCUGGAGCGGGUCUUUCAGCAGCGUCGGGCAUUCCAACAUUCAGGGACGGGGGUGGUAUGUGGCGCUCUCUAGACGCAACCAGCCUCGCCACACCAGAGGCUUUUCACGAAAACCCUUCUUUAGUGUGGCAGUUUUAUCACUAUCGCCGGCAAAAGGCACUGCAAGCCGAGACUAACACGGCACAUAAAAUAUUGGCAAAAUUGGCAAUACCCCAUUAUUUGAAGAAGGUCGCGCCUGCCGCAAAGUCCAUGCAUCUAAUCACCCAAAACGUCGAUAGACUCUCCGUAAGGGCUUUGGAUGAUCUCGAGAAAGAACUUGAAGAACAGGGUCUCAAAGGUCCAAGCUACCGUGCGCGUACAGGUUCUGUUGUACAGAUGCAUGGGAAACUCUUUGAAGUUCAGUGUACCAAAUGCGACUGGCGCGCAGAAGAUUUCUCAACUCCUCUCUGCCCAGCAUUGGGACAUGUUGAAGCUAAUAUCCAGGACUACACAGAUGCUGGCUCCAAAAACCACGACAUUCCUAUUAGCUUGUUGCCCCACUGUCCUGAAUGUCAGGAGCUCGCAAGACCAGGUGUGGUUUGGUUUGGCGAAAAGCCUUACCAUCUUGACCAAAUAAAUUCUCUCGUUUUUAAGGCAGAUAUGUGUCUCGUCAUCGGGACCUCCUCAACUGUGCAUCCUGCGGCUGGUUACGCUUUUCGAGUUCGGCGUCGUCACGGACAUGUUGCCAUAUUCAACCUCUAUCCAAGUGAGAAGGACGAAAAUGCUUCUUCUCUUUUUCGUGGUGCAUGUGAGGAUAUUCUGCCACAGGUGUUUCCUGAGUUGGCAGAUCCAUAUCAAGCAUUGCCACAUGCCCCUCAGGAGUCUCGCACUGUUCGCAGAGGGGGGAAAAUGUUCGGUUUUCAGUGCCACCUUGACGGUGGGGUCAAAGACCUGCCUCCUAUCGAUUUCUCCUUGGCGUUGAUUAAAUGUUCCGAAGAAUACCACAACUCUACAAUGAAGUCUUACAUCCAAAAUGCUCAUAAUUUGACUUCGCCUUCCCAAGUGUGCAUUGUGGGUACUCAUAGAGAUUUAAUCGUGCAAGAUUAUGGCUGGGGCUACCUCGCAUCACGCAAGCAAUCAUCCAGAGCAACUUUCUACGACGGUACACCGUAUUUGCAACUCAAUUGCUUAGACAUUGACGACGUCCAAGUAGUUUGCGAAUAUAUCGUGGAUACAGUAACCGCAACUCCUGGUACACCUACGUCGCCUCGAAGUUUGUCGUUAUCAUCCAUUAUAUUUGAUAUAAAGCAUCAUGUUUUGGAUUAUGUUGCCAGAGUCUUCUCGCUUCCUAUUCCUAAUAAUGUCAAUUUAGAUAAACCUGAUGAUGGACAAUUAGAUGAUCAAGCUGUUGACCAUCUUCUUUCGUCCUCAUAUGCAGACACUUGGAGGGAAGGCUUGAGAACGAGGGUCAAAAGUAAUUGGCCAACUCGAGCUAUGCCAACACAUAGAAUUUCUCAGAAUGUAAUUGUCAAACGCAACGACAAAAAUGAGAGGGAUGCUACCGACUAUAUCCGUCUCCACACACACAUUCCUGUUCCUCAGAUCUAUCACCGCAACCUAGAAAAUUGGACAGCGUUUCAAUUCAUCGAAGGAGAGAUGCUGCUAGAAUGUUUGCACAAAAAAAGUCUCUUCAUGCAAUUUCGCAUUGCCUGCACUCUACGACUCUAUCUUACCCAACUUCAUUCUUUGAAAGGUUUUGCUCCUGGAAGACUGCAUAACCCUGGGGUGGUUUCUGGGCCACUUUUCGACAAUUCUGCCCGAGGACCAUUUCAUCCCUUUUCCUCUUUUCAGGCCUGGUGUGAAGUGGUUGCGCUUCAAGGAUGGGCCGACACGGUGGCAUACCAAAAGACGUUGGGAAUGCCUCAGCAGUUGCCACUCGAGCCACCGACAGGAAAGCCCUGGAAAUUAAAUUACGCACAUGGCGAUCUGAACUUUGCCAACAUCAUCCUGUCCAAAGACGGGGUAUUAUGGCUGGUAGACUGGGCAGAGAGUGGGUUCUAUCCUCGCGGAUAUGAUGCCGCUGUACUUGCUUAUUUUGAAGAAGGUCCAUCAUUCUGGCAGCGCAUGCGAUCUUUCAUAGCAGGGUCAGAAGGAGGCCUAACGCAUGAUAGAUUUUGGUCCUUCUUUCAUUCUGGUCUAUGCCGCCGCUUCCUUUCUGAUUAUGUCUAUGGUGUCUGUCUAGGCCCGCCACAAGUGCCACGGGAUACGUAG